GAGAUUUUGUUUUAUGUUCCUAGACUUGUUUUAUGUUGCACACAAAAUUCGAUGCGCAUCUAUAUUUGAGCAGCAUAUUUAUCGUGAAUUGAAAUGAUCUCUUCUGGAACGUCGUGUUGACCCUUAUUAUUAGUUCAUUUAAAUAAGAACUGCACAUAUUUGCUAUUUUGUUUCGAUUACGUGUAUCGAAUACUGAAGAUUGGAGCUGCAACUAUGAAAUUCAAUGGGUACUUGAGGCUUAUUAUAAGGGAGGCGGUGGAUUUGAAACCAACUACUUUUUCAACUCGGCACACCUUUCAAAGGAAAGCCCACCUGGAUCCUUACAUAAUCGUGAAAGUAGACGAUGUGAAAGUUGGACAAACUGCCACACAAUCGAAGACAAGCAAACCGACCUUCAAUAAUGAAUUCUGCCCAUACAUCUCCAAUGGCAAAGAGAUGGAAUUAGCUGUUUUCCACAGCACCCCAAUAGGAUAUGACGAUUUUGUGGCUAAUUGCAGAAUCCAUCUUGAGGAGCUAAUAAAGACAUCAAACACAAGACAAACAUUUGAGGGAUGGUUGUCUGCUGUGACCUGUCAUAGUUUUCAAGUGAAUCUGGAACCAGAGGGAAGUGUGUAUAUCUCCAUCUCUCUCACCGGCUCCUUUACAGAUGAUGAAGCUGUAGAAAAUCGUUUGAGGAACCAUAAACGGUUUACUAGAAAACACCAAAAAGCUUUAAAAAGAAGAAAGGUCCACCAAGUCAAUGGACAUAAAUUUAUGGCAACCUUCCUUCCCCAGCCCACUUUUUGCUGUCAUUGCAAAAACUUCAUCUGGGGUGUAUUUGGAAAGCAAGGAUAUCAAUGCCAGGUGUGCACAUGUGUGGUCCAUAAGAAGUGCCAUGAUUUGGUUGUAAGUGAGUGUCCACGUAUGAAGAAAACUUCGAAUGAGGGCACAAGCCAGGGCUUCAGCAUCAACAUACCCCACCAGUUUCAAGAGCACAACUACAGAGUUCCGACAUACUGUAACCACUGCGGAUCUCUCCUUUAUGGGCUUAUGAAACAGGGUCUCCAUUGCAAGAGUUGCAAGAUGAACAUUCACAAACGUUGUGAACAGAAUGUUGCACCAAACUGCGGGGUGAACAGUGCAGAGCUGGCCAGCAAAUUGGCUGAAAUUGAUUUGCAAGCAGACAGGCUCUCCAAACAAAAGAUGCACAUUACCGAACCAAAGCAUCGAGAUCCUAGUAAAAAGAUACCAACAAUGCUUGAUGAGGCUGAGGAAGAGACUGUUAAAGUGGGUCUGAAGGACUUCAAUUUCUUGCAUGUGCUGGGGAAAGGCAGCUUUGGCAAGGUGAUGCUGGCCCGUCUAAAAAGUGACCACAUGGUGUUUGCUGUGAAAAUACUGAAGAAGGAUGUCAUACUGCAGGAUGAAGAUGUCGAAUCAACCAUGAUUGAGAAGAGAGUGCUGACUUUGGCCCACCAGAACCCAUUCCUCACACAGCUCUACUAUUGCUUUCAGACUGCCGAGAGGUUAUACUUUGUCAUGGAGUUUGUGAAUGGUGGUGACCUCAUGUUCCACAUCCAGAAGGUCAGGCGUUUUGAAGAGCCACGAGCACAGUUUUAUGCUGCAGAGAUCACUUCAGCCCUUAUGUUCCUUCAUUCCAAAGGGAUAAUUUACAGGGACCUGAAGCUGGACAAUGUGCUCCUGGAUAGAGAUGGCCACUGCAAACUGGCAGAUUUUGGCAUGUGCAAAGAGGAAAUCUUUGAUGGAAAACUAACCAACACAUUCUGUGGGACUCCAGAUUACAUCGCACCGGAGAUCAUCCUGGAGGAGCCAUAUGGCGUAUCAGUGGACUGGUGGGCUCUCGGCGUGCUGCUGUAUGAGAUGCUGUCGGGUCAUGCUCCGUUUGAAGCAGAGACUGAGGACGAGCUCUUUGAGUGUAUCCUUGGUUAUGAGGUCGUUUAUUCAUCCUGGCUUAGUAAUGAGGCAGAGGACAUCCUUAAAGGGUUCCUCACCAGAGAUCCGGCAUGCCGGUUGGGCUGCAUUGAAAGAGAUAGUGGAGAAGUGGCCAUCAUUGGGCACAUGUUUUUUUCAGGACUUGACUGGGAUAAGCUGAACAAACGAGAGAUCAGACCACCUUUCACACCUCGAAUAGAAUCUAUUGAGGAUGUGAGCAAUUUCGACCCUGAUUUCACCCAAGAGGAACCCACUCUUACACCCAUAGAAGAUGGACUUUUCCCUUUCAAACAGGAUGAUUUUAAAGACUUUACCUACACAGCUCCAGAACUGCGAUGGAGCUAACAGACAGCCAUGGCUUAUUUAUUUUGCUUGCAUAUAUUCUUAGUUACUUUCCCUAAUAAAUUUUGAUUAUAUUUUUGUUAAAAGUUUAGGCUUUUCCCUAAAUAUACUAUUUUAAUCAUUGCUUUUUGAGCAUAAAUAUGCUAAGUUACUAACAGUUUAUUAAUACAUACUCUGCUAAAGACUUCCUCAGGACUAUCCUGACCAAAGCAAUGAUCGGGACCUCCAGAGAUGGGGGGGGGGGGGGGGGUGGCACAAGCCAUCAAACAAAGCCGUGCUGCUUGAAUUUUUGCGCCAGGAGUGGCAUAAAAUCACCCAACAACAAUGUGAAUGACUAGUAGAGAGCACGCCAAGACGCAUGAAAGCUAUGAUUGAAAAUCUGGGUUAUUCCACCUAAUAUUGAUUUCUGAACUCUUCCUAAGUUAAAACAUUAAUAUUGUGUUGUUUAAAAAUGAAUAUGAACUUUGUUUUUUUUUUUUUCAUUAUUCGAGGUCUGAAAACAUUGCAUCUUUUUUGUUAUUUUGACCAGUUGUCAUUUUCUGCAAAUAAAUGCUCUAAAUGACAAUAUUUUUAUUUGGAAUUUUGGAGAAAUGUUGUCAGUAGUUUAUAGAAUUAAAAAAAAAAAAAAUCAUUUUACUCAAAUACAUACCUAUAAAUAGUAAAUCCAGAGAAACUGAUAAUUUUGCUGUGGUCUCUUAAUUUUUUCCACAGCUGUAUAUGGAUAAGAAAAUAAUAUGAAAGAAAUAAAGAAACAACAUAUGUAUAUAAAGUACAAUAAAGAUGCAUGUUUGCUUUCUAAAAGCCGCACACACUGGUCACUUUUAAGAACUUGUAUCCUUAGAUUUUUCAUUCUAGAUAUGUGGUCAAAAAACACUCCUCAUCUGAUUAAAU